UCUCUUGGGAUCGUCACUGCAAUUAUAUUCUCAAUUUGUAUCUCAUCAAAUCCACACACUGAGCAUUUUUAACAGCACUAGAUGUACAAUUAGGUAUUAUUAGCUUGUAUUGCUAGUAGCAGUUAGCCUAUAGUUACGAAGCAGAACAAUUAACAAAUCCUGUCUGUUUCUACUCAUUUAUACUUAUUUUGAGGUGAUAAAAGUACACCUCAAAAUAGUAGCUACCUUCCGUCUUUAUCAAAUUCCUGUAUUAAAUUUUAUUUAACUGAGUGCAAUUUCCGUAUUGUGCCGCUAGAUGUCUCACUUCUAAAAGUCUUUUUUUGAAGGAGGGAGAAGGUGGAGGAGGCUGUGGUGGUUGUUCUUCAGGCUUCAUUAUUAUGCUGUCAGCGAGACAAGGUACCAGAAUAAUCAGAGCGCGGCAGAGACAGAGGCUCGUCGGCACGGAUAGCUCGGUCUCCGCCGCUCCAGCUCAGACCGGAGGUGACAGGUGAUCUCCCGCUCCGCCUGUCCGUCCGUCCGUCUGUCUGUCGGGCUCCGGCGGCGGAUGUUCUCGGACAGGCUUCACCCCACCGCGGUGAGGCUGGACCGGUAAGACGCACACCAUGGCGCUGGAAGCGGACGGGAACAAGCUGCGGCUGCAGGACGUGCUGGAGAAACCUGACAACGAAGUGUGCGCUGAUUGCGGCAACCCAGAGCCGGACUGGGCGUCGCUGACUCUGGGUGUGUUUGUUUGCCAGGCCUGCUCGCUCCUUCACCGGAGCAUCCCCCACAUCAGCCGGGUCAAGUCGGUGCAGGACACGUGGGAGGACAGCGAGGUGGAGUUAAUGGCUGCUAUGGGAAACGGCGCCGCGAAGGCCAAGUAUGAGCAGAAGGUUCCUCCUUUCUACUACAGACCAACACACACUGACUGCAAGCUGCUGAGGGAGCAGUGGAUCCGAGCCAAGUACGAACGAAACGAGUUCGAGUUCAUCGAGAAGCAGGAGCCUUACUCUGCAGGGUACAGAGAAGGGUUUCUAUGGAAACGAGGAAGAGACAACGGCCAGUUCCUCAGUCGAAAGUUUGUCCUGUCGGAAAGGGAGGGAGCGCUUAAGUACUUCAACAAGCAGGACGCCAGAGAUCCCAAGGCAGUGAUGAAAAUCGAAACGCUCAACGCGACCUUCCAGCCGGCCAAGAUAGGGAAUCCCUGCGGCCUGCAGAUCACCUACCUGAAAGACAACAGCACAAGAAACAUCUUUGUCUACCACAGUGACGCUAAGGAGACGGUGGACUGGUUCAACGCCAUCAGAGCGGCCCGGUUCCACUACCUGCAGGUGGCCUUCCCUGGAGCGAGUGACGAGGAGCACACGGAAGGCUUUAAGAAGAGGUGGUUCACCAUGGACGACCGGCGUCUCAUGUACUUCAAAGACCCUCUGGACGCCUAUGCCCGGGGUGAAGUGUUCAUUGGCAGCAAGGAGAACAGCUACACCGUGCUGGCUGGCUUGCCCCCGACCACGCAGGGCUACCACUGGAACCACGGCAUCACCAUCGUCACGCCCGACAGGAAGUUCCUCUUUGCCUGCGAGACGGAGGCCGAGCAGCGCGACUGGAUCGCGGCUUUCCAGAGAGUCAUCAAUCGACCGAUGAGGCCACAGGAAUACGCAGUGGAGGCCCAUUUUAAACACAAGCCUUGAAGCCUACAGCAAGUCCAAAGUCAUCUGGACCGGCCCAGUCAGAGAGAUCAGAGACAGCCCCCCACCCCGCACCGCACAACAAGUGGGGAGGCAUUGGGGUCCUGUCUGGGUAAGGAGGAGGUUUUUGGAAUGGGCCAAGAUUAAAAAAGAAAAGGAGAACAGAAGGACUCCAGUCUAUGUUAAAGACAAUGGUUGGUAUGAUCUAAGGUGGAAGGGUAGAGAUGAUGUCUUUUAAUACUGCUCUUACCAACUUUGUGCUGUACAUUGUCAUACCAGACCCCAUUCCCUCCCCCUGUUCUCCUGCCCCUCAGCCAUGUGGACCUCUCAUCUGCAUCAAGCUACCCUUACAUCCUUGGAUUUCAUCUUGUGAAUGGUUCUUUCUGCCUGUGAUCUAAUGUAGCUAUGUAACCUAGAGUCAUGUCACUGGUCGCGUAACGAAGACAAACACGUUGUUAAUUUAUUGAAUGUACAGUUUUCGACCACAGUGUCUUAAUCGUGCGUGUGGAAUCGUCAUGUUUUCAUUGAGGACUCUUGCGAGGUCCAACCUCUGGCGCUGAAACCCUGGGAAACCUGAAUUCUACGAAGUGCUGUUAACAACAACCAUGCCUACAAAUGAAACUUGCACACAAACGCUCAGUGAACACCACCUGCUUGUUAACGACGGCGGAGCAGGCUGGUCCUCCGCGUCCAACCAGGGUCCCUUUUACAAAACCUCCACCCCAAACAGAAGCCGCGCCCUUAUUUAUUUGUACUGUCAAACAUACCAUGUCAUCGUGGGAUGCUAAUUUUUUGCUGCUUUCUUGGAUUGUAAUGUGACGGGAUUGUAAUUUGUAGAACACGUCUACAAAUGUUCAAUUUGUUCUUUGUAUCUUGAUUCAAAGGCACACUGUUUUGUUGAUUCUUGCAUCGUCGUGGGAAAUAAAUUUGAAAAUGAAAACGGAGGAACUAGAGACAAGGUUACAAUA